UUGCAUGAUCAAGAUGUUCUCUAUACCGUACUUGCUUGUGCUUUCGCUAUUUGUUAUUUUGUCAGAUGCUACUGUAUCAGUGAACGAUCCAUUUUAUUGCUAUGCAACCGACCCACACAGGCCACAGAUCAGAAUGUUCACAAUUCACGGUCCAUAUGAGCCUAUACGAGGGCAAAGGAUUAACGCGAAUGUGUCAACUUGUACACCUUCCAAGUUCUGGAUGCUUGGUAGGUAUGGAACUAGACUACCUAGUAGCACCGAAACGGCUAACAUGCUUGGAAACUACGAGCGUCUUCAUACAGAAAUACUAGAAAACUACAAACAAGGCAAAACGUCUCUGUGCGCAGCUGAUUUUGAGUUGCUUGAAAAUUGGGAAUUGAAUCCGGAUAUUGCACUGGAAAGGGCGGCACAUUUGACAUCAGUUGGAUGGGAUGAAUAUGAAUGGUUGGCACAACGUUAUCAGGCUGCAUUUCCAACACUUUUGCCAUCAACAUAUUCGCCGAGCGACUAUUUUUUUCGCUCCAGUGGCUUAAAUAAUGCCGCUAGAAGUCUUUAUGCAUUUGCCGAUGGCUUAUUUGGAACAGGUGGACAUGAAUCGGUUGAAUUCGCAGAUGUUCCUGAGGUGGACUACUUAUUGCUUCCUCACAUCCAGUGUCCUCUGUAUCAAGAUGUGAUUUUUUCCGAUAGACGGGAACCGGAAGCAUUUAGACAGGGACCUGAGUACCAACAGAUGGCGAUACAAGUUAGUGCGAAAUUGGGUUUUCAUGCAUCUCAGGUGUUACGGAUCAACGAAAUUGACAUUUUAGCUAGUUUUUGUAAAUACGAGCAAAUUUGGUAUUUGAACGGAACGUCCCCAUAUUGCGCUGGUUUCUCCAUUGCUAACCAUCAAGUUUAUGAAUACUAUUGGGAUCUGGACCUUUACUACAGAUUCGGCUAUGGACACCCAAAUUAUCGUAGACUCCUCGAAAACAUGAAUUGCUUUUUAAUGCAGGAUCUGCUGACCGCUAUUCAAUCAAACAACGACGGCGACCACAAAGCCAGAAUAUUUAACACAAACAAUAUAACUUUGAUAUUGUUUCUGCUUCACUUUGGUGUUUACGAAGAUGACACUCCGUUGACGAGACAUAAUUUUGCUCAACAAACGAACCGAUUGUGGAAGUCAAGUUUUAUCAUUCCGAUGGCGGCUAACUUAGCCAUUGUGAAAUAUGACUGCGCCAAUGAAGACAACGACAUACUUUUCUUACUGAAUGAAAAUCCAUUACACAUUCCUGGAUGCGAAGCUAAUGGAUUGUGCAAGCAGUCACUACUUUUGGAAAGAUUUGGCCGAUUCCUGACUGCAAACUGUAUGGAAACGUUCUGCACUAAUUCAUUUAAUGAUAGCUGAUGCUGACAGAAGGGCCUAGAUUUGAAUUUGAAUUUUUAGCGUCUUCAGUUGUUUUGGGUAUACUUUUAAAGACGAUCAAAGAGAACCAUAAUUUAAAAAAAUCCGUCACAUAUGAAAAUAGCUAUUUAUGACAACGAGUGCAAAGUGUUUUAUUUGGCACUAGAUGUGUAAUUCUGAUACGAAACCGCAGGUCGAGAUGCCCAAUACACGUCGUGUGCCUCAUGAAACACUUUGCAUCCAGAUUCAUAUACAACGUUUUAUGCAACAGAUGAAUCUAAAGUGUGCGGAUUUUGCACAUAUUAUGAUAUACCAACGCACUGUCACAGUGCUUUGGAUAUACCUACUGUGUCGUAUACACGCAUUGUGUUUUGCCUUAUUUUCUCACCUUAAUAGACCAAGAGAAAAUUAUGUUGUCUUGACGACUAGUCGAAUGAAAUUUCUAGAGAAAUGUGCAGUACUUUCUCUCCCGUGGGGAGAAAAAUAGAACUUUUCUCAUUCGAAUUGUCAUUUUGUUUAUGUUUCCGAAAAUGGUAUGGCGAAUCGAUGUGUUCGUUUCGU